ACAGGUGCUGCGGCAACAGGGUGUUGCCAGAAGCAAAAAAGCUCAAAGGCCAAAGAAAGACAAACAUGGCUGAGGACAACAUUGUGAUCUCCGGAUUUUCCGCCUAUUUCCCCCAAGCCGAUCACCUGGUGGAGUUCAAGGAGAAGUUGUACGCAGGUGUCGACAUGGUCACCGAGGAUGACUUACGAUGGCCGCCCGGUCACCUCGGCCUACCUACCCGACACGGCAAGAUCCGGGACCUGUCUCGCUUCGAUGCGCAGUUCUUCAGUACGCACCCGAAGCAGGCGCAGUUGCUAGAUCCUCAGAUUCGACUGCUGUUGGAGACGUCGUACGAGGCUAUCGUGGACGCGGGAUACGACCCCGAAAGCCUGCGUGGACGUCCCAUCGGCGUAUUUAUAGGUGUUUCCACCAGUGAGACGAGUGAUGCUUGGAGGGCGAACGCACAGAGGGCUGAUGCCUACGGAUUGCUCGCCUCCUGCCACGCGUUGUUUGCCAACCGAAUCUCGUACGCCCUGGACUUUCAUGGCCCCAGCAUGGCGGUCGAUACGGCUUGUUCAUCGACCAUGACUGCCUUACAUGAGGCAGUGCUGGCGCUUCGCUCGGGACGCUGCGAAGCAGCCAUCGUUGGAGGAAGCAAUAUCACCCUGGAACCCACAAUAUCCCAAAGCUUCCAGCGGCUUGGCAUGCUCUCUCAGGAUGGAAAGUGCAAGGUGUUCGACGCUGAUGGCGAUGGCUACGCCCGCAGCGAGACCAUCGGUGCGUUUUUCCUCCAACGGGCCAUCGAUGCGCGUCGGGUGUACGCAAAGGUCGUCAAUGUCAAGGUCAACACGGACGGAUACAAAGCCGAAGGGCUCACUUAUCCUUCCGGAAAAGUGCAGCAAGACCUACUCGUCGACAUCUACCGGGAAAGCGGAGUCGACCCACUGAAAGUCGCUUACGUUGAGGCUCAUGGCACCGGAACCAAGGUGGGCGAUGUGGAGGAGCUGAAUCCUAUCGGUGCAGUAUUCUGUGGACCAGCGCGCCAAAAGCCGUUGAUGGUUGGCUCCGUCAGAAGCAACAUGGGACAUGCUGAAAGCGCCUCUGGUGUGUCAUCAGUGGCAAAGGUUAUCCUGGCCUUUGAGACAAGCAUGAUCGCCGCCAACCUGCACUUCAAGAAGCCCAACGCCCUAAUACCACGCCUCCACGACGGCAGCAUCCAUGUCGUUGCCAAGCACAAGCGUUUUCCGGGUGGCCCUGUAGGCAUUAAUUCGUUCGGCUUCGGGGGCGCCAAUGCCCAUGUGAUCCUUGAAGCUGGACCUGAACUGCACGUGAACAGCAUUGUCCGUGACAAACCUGAACUGCCGAGGCUUGUCCUUUUCGCCGGAAGGACUGAGCAGUCCCUGACAGGAACACUGGACCGGGUAGAAACUGAUGGACCAUACCCGGAUUCAGCGUACGCUCUCCUCAACCGGGUUGGACAGCCUACUGUCAAGAAGUUCCCGUAUCGUGGCUUUGCAAUUAUUUCGGUGGACCAGCCCGACAAACAGGUCAUCAAGCAAAUUCAGAAAGCUCCCAUCGAGAUGAGGCCUCUGUGGUUCGUCUUUGCUGGUAUAGGCUGCCAGUGGAAUGGCAUGGCACGUCAGAUGUUGCACUUCGACGUGUUUGCUCGCUCUGUACAGAAGUCGCACGAGAUUCUGAAGCCCUUUGGCAUCCAUCUGAUCGACCUUUUGACAACCGAAAGCCAUUGCGACCGGACUCUACUCCCAACGCUCGUGUCCAUAGUUGCGAUUCAGGUAGCGCUCGUCGACAUGCUUCACGCAGUGGGCUUGCGUCCAGACGGCAUCGUUGGUCACUCGACGGGUGAGAUGGCUUGCGCUUAUGCGGACGGAUGCCUGACGGCCGAGCAGACUGUACUGUGCGCUUACUGGCGUGGUCGCUGCGUUCAGGAGGGUAACCUGGUCAAAGGAGCGAUGGCUGCUGUUGGGCUUAGCUGGGAAGAAACUACCCACCUUUCUUCCGAUGACGUGUACCCAGCAUGCCACAAUGCCGAAGACUCAGUGACCAUAUCUGGCCCCGCAGAAGCAGUUGCCAAGGUAGUUGCGCAGCUGACAUCUCAGAACAUCUUCGCUCGAGAAGUUGACAGUCUAGGAGUCCCCUUUCACUGCAAGCACGUCCACAACGUUGGACCAGCGCUUCGCGAUGCCCUUUGCAAGGUGAUUCCUGAACCUAAGCGGCGUAGCAAGCGCUGGAUAAGCUCCUCAGUGCCAGAGAGCCUCUGGUGUGAACCUCUGGGACAGUACUGCUCGGCUGAGUACCAAACAAACAACUUCCUCUCGCCCGUGCUUUUUCGCGAGGCUCUUCAGCACGUGCCCCAAGACGCGAUCAUGGUGGAAGUCGCCCCACACUGUCUCCUACAGGCCAUCCUACGUCGCGUCGUAGGCCCCGACGCGAUCUCUCUGGGCGUGAUGAAGCGCGACGUGGGCAACAAGGAGUAUUUCUUGGGCUCGCUGGGAAAACUUCACAAUCUAGGAUUCAAGCUGGAUCUGUCUCCCCUUUAUCCACCGGUUCCAUGGCCCGUGCCCCGUGGCACUCCCAGCAUAGCACAUCUCGUCAGCUGGGACCACUCGCAGCAAUGGCAUGUGGUUAACUGGAAGGAAUCUGCGUCACAAACGGUGGCCGAGGAUAUUGUGGAAAUUGACUUGGAGGCCAACGAGGCAGACAAGUAUCUGAAUGGGCAACAAAUGGAUGACCGCGUGCUGUUCCCUGCGGCAGGAUACUUGGUGCUGGCCUGGAAGUCAUUGGCAAAGAAAGUCGGAAAGCCGUUCGAUCAAGUUCCGGUUACAUUUGAGAACAUUUCCAUCCAUCGGGCCACAAUAAUACCCAAAAGCGGCUGCGUGCGUUUCAGGGUGAACGUGAUGCGUCUGACGGGUGAGUUUGAAGUUGGUGAAGCUGGCUCAGUAGUGGCCACUGGCCGUGUGCGCGAGGCCGCAGAAGGUGAGAAGCUGCUCGAUCAAGACCCUCCAUGUGCGUCAGACGAACCGGUCUCCUACGAACUCCAUGCUGCGGACAUCUACAAAGAACUCAGGCUGCGUGGCUAUGAGUACCAAGGAGCCUUUAAGGGUAUUCUCAAGGCCGAUAUGCACGGGCACUACGGAAAGUUGAAGUGGAUGAAUAACUGGGUCACGUACGUGGACACAAUGCUCCAGUUCAGCGCUUUUGGCUCACCACCACUGCGAACUUUCCUGUUGCCCGUGAAAAUCGAGUCAUGCAUCAUAGACCCAGAGACUCACGCACAAAUAGCAGCUAGGAACGAUGAAGGAGUGCUCGUGGAAUAUGACGGCUACCGUGACACAUGCCGCUCCGGUGGCAUCGCCGUUAGGGGUAUCAAGAGAUCUAUAGCAAAGCGGCGUUCAGUGCAGCAGACGCCAUGUCUCGAGGAGUACCGCUUCGUGCCGUACAUUGAUGACGUCGACGCAAAGGAGCAGCGAUAUAGCCCUCUGCGAGAGUACGUUGAUUUGUGCUGUGAUAUCACUCAGCAUAUUCUGCAAUCUAACUGCGAAAACGGCCCCUUAAGACACUUAUAUAAAGACGCUUGCCCUGAUCUACAACAAAAUCUAUCAAGCAGAUGUCUCAAUGGUGCCGCUGUUAACCACAGCCUCCUGAAUGUCCUCCUCGCCGUCACUGAGGCAGCCAAUGACUCCAAACCACUGGAAUAUUUUGUCCGGUCAUCGCUGGAAGCCCAGCGACGAAGCUUAAAAAGAGACGUUCUGAACACAGCGUUGUUCGAAGAAGACCCUUUGAGGUACCUCCUUGACGUAGUCUUAGAGAAUGGGGGAUCCAAAAAGGUUCAAGUUCUCGAACUGGCUGUUGGAAAAGAUCCACUGCUCAUCGCUCCUUGGGCACUUCAGUGGCUGUCUCUACAAGACGUUCAUAUUAAGAUCGAAUACACUGUGGCCCAUCCUUCUCCAGACACUCUGACACCAGAUGAAGUGCCUCGAGGCAUCAACAUUCUUUCGUAUGGCACAUCAUCUGCGUUACACGAAUUAGCCCCAGAGGCUGACUUGACAAUAUUGUCUCGUUUUGUAGCAGACACCGAGAACGAUACGAAUGCUUUAGCCAAGCAGUUGUCGUCACAGUGUAAGGAGCUGAGCUUCGUGCUGCUGUCGCAGAGAACAGCAUUCACCUCUACCGAAAACUUCCUCUCAUCCAUCGAUGGCACUGAUGACUGUACGCACUCUGACGACGAGGUCAUCUCUGCAUUCAAAGCACAUGGCAUGCUUCUGAUAGGCCUCAAGUCAAACAAGUUGUCUUCACUGCUUCUGUUUCGCAAGUGUACAACGGUAGCAGACGUCAGAGAGCAAGAUGUCGUAAGGGCGAAGAACACGAAAAGCGGAUGGAUCGAGGAGCUCGGGGAGAAAAUACAGCAGUACGACGCCAAGACAGCCGGGCGUGACCUCUGGUUGCUUGCUGAGGACGUCGGAACCAGCGGGGUUGUUGGUCUCACCAACUGCCUUCGGUUGGAGACAGGCGGACGUCACGUAAGAUGCGUGUUCGAUACAAGUCACAAUGGUAGAAACAACGUCUCCGACUUUAGCCCCAGUAACCCGAAGUACGCGGAUAUUUUUCAGCGAGGCCUCGUGAUGAACAUUUAUCGCAAUGGACGGUGGGGCUCAUUUCGGCACGUGUGCAUGGCUUCAGGCGGCCAGAAGAAGAACACGGUUGCCUUCUUGGGUAUGCAUACACGAGGCGACCUCUCAACGUUGCAGUGGUAUGAAUCUCCGCUGAAGUACGCCUCCCUGUCCAGUGGUACCACCAAAGAUGGAACGCUCUGCGACGUGUGCUAUGCAUCACUCAACGCUCGAGACCUUAUGAUGGCAACGGGAAAGAUCGCGCCAGAGCCCGUGCCAGGUAAACUGGCAAUUUCGGAGUGCAUCAUGGGCAACGAGUUCUCGGGCUGGGACAGCCGGGGUCGCCGAAUCAUGGCGGUGGCGCCAACCCAUGCCCUAGGCACCAUGGCCAUCGCGGACCCGGACUUCAUGUGGGAGGUUCCCGAAACGUGGAGCCUGGAGGAAGCCUGCACGAUUCCGUUGGCCUACUUGACUGCUUACUACGCGCUCAUAAUGCGUGGCAAUAUCCAGGCCGGAGAGUCCGUUCUGAUUCACUCUGGCAGCGGAUGCGUGGGACAAGCAUGCAUCACCGUCGCCAUCUCUAUGGGUUGCACAGUGUUCACUACCGUCGGUUCCUCAUUGACGAAAGAGUUUCUGAGACGUCGCUUCCCGGAACUUGAAGAUCGGCACUUUGCCAGCUCGCGGGACCUGUCCUUUGAGACACACAUACUGGGCGAGACUAAGGGCACGGCUCGGGUACAAAAUAUUUUCACGCGCGACAAAGCCGAGGCAGCCUUCCGGUUGAUGGCUUCCGGGAAACACGUAGGAAAAGUUGUAGUACAGAUCCGACCCGAGGAAGUGCACCACCAUGCCGGCCCAGCUGUACCGCUCCUUGUAGAGGCCGUCGCGCGCGCUUACUUCUACGAGCACAAGUCGUACGUGAUCGUCGGAGGUCUUGGUGGCUUCGGUCUGGAGCUUGCAGACUGGAUGGUUACUCGUGGAUGCCGCAAACUGCUGCUCACCUCCCGCUCGGGGUUGAGAACUGGUUACCAGAAGCUGUGCUUGCGCCGUUGGCGUGCUCUUGGCGUCCAGGUGCUGGCCAGAAAUUCAGACGUCGCGUCUGAAGGAGGAGCUCGGAUGGUCAUCGAGGAAGCCACCUCUAUGGGACCCGUAGGCGGCAUCUUCAAUCUGGCAAUGGUUCUUCACGACGCCCUCAUUGAAAACCAGACGGCUGAGACAUUCGAAGCAGCGUGCAAGCCCAAGGCAGCCGGCACGCAGCUCCUCGACCAGUUGUCGCGACAGCUUUGCAGAGAGCUCGACCAUUUCGUGGUGUUCUCAUCCACGUCGUGCGGACGCGGCAACGCCGGCCAGACAAACUACGGCUACGCCAACUCCGUCAUGGAGAGAAUCUGCGAGUGCCGUGUCGCUGAUGGACUUCCCGGGUUGGCUAUUCAAUGGGGCACAAUUGGUGGCGUUGGACUGAUCGGCGAAAUGAUGGGACAACAAACGUUCCUGCUUGGCCUUGCGCCUCAGAAAAUUAGGUCUUGCAUGGCAGUUAUGGACCAGUUUUUGAGCCAGGGUCACCCCGUGGUUUCCAGUUAUGUAAAGGCCGAUCUGUCCCGAAAACCUGGCGACAAGGAAAAACACAGCCUCAUUGAAUCUGUGGCUCGUAUACUUGGCGUCCAGGACGCAUCCAGACUUAGUCCAGACAUCAGCCUCGGUGAGCUGGGCAUUGACUCCCUUAUGAGCGUCGAUGUGAAGCAGACCUUAGAACAGGACUGUGACGUCACCUUGUCCACGCAAGAGAUUCGGCAACUCACCAUCGCUCGGAUUCGACAGAUUGGUGAAUGUCACAGAGAUGCUUCAUCUUCGCAAGGGAAAUCUAGCGCAGCUCAUGGAACGAAAGGGAUGCAAGCACUUCGUUUUGGGGACCUGGAGGCUGGUGACGUAAAAGGGCUGCAAUGGCAAAAUCAAGGUCAUCGGGGUGGAUUGCCUCCAUGCAUGGCUCGUGUGUGACCAAGGAGCUCACCUGUGCGAAGCCAUCACCAGUCAGCUACUGCAACAGUGCGGACAGUGCGACAGUGUGGAUCAACACGUUUUGCUGUAGUAAAUAAAUAAAAUGAAGAAAUGUACCAUCUUAUUUAAGAUUCAAAUGCUAUAGCAUUAUUAGUGUUGUUUGUGUGAUGACAUUUGCUCUUUGCCUGUAUGAACAAAAGCAAAAUUGAACGUCGAAUAA